GUUGCCUGUAGCAAGAACUUCCUGUUGCAACAGUGUGCUGAAGCAGCCACUGUGAAAUCAACAGUUAGAGGCACAAGAAAGGCUUAGAGCACACGCAUCGCUGGAUGCGUCUCUCGUCGUGAAUUUGUGUUUGUUUGUUGUCCUUUCAACGCACCCCCGAUUAGCACGGUUUGUUGUGUACGGUGCGAAAGAAGUCCAGCAUACAUGAAUACAAAUGAUCAACCAUCUGGUGUUUCUCACACUCUCAAAAGUGUCUACGCGUCUGCAGCCCAAUUAAAUCGUAUGUUGCUAGGUGAUGCUUUGCAUUGAGCGGACAAGCGAGCGCCUAACGACAAGUUCUGGGAAACCAAGUGCACGAAUUCACACGGCGCCGAUUUCUGCUGCCUCCCGAGCGCACCGAAGAAGCCCCACCACCACCACCACACGUGCGCGCUUGAACCUCUCUCCGAGUGUUGCGUGGGCUGUGAUUCCUGGUCGAUGGCGAGCCUGGCCGCCGCAGACGAGGGGGUGGUGACAGGAGCUGCGGUUGUGGCGGCAGGCGGACUUGGUGGAGGCGGUAGUGGUGGCAGUGGCGGCGCUGUCAGUACGUCGUGCAGAGCACUAACGAGAGCAACGGGGGGUUCCAUGUGCGAGACCCCUCCGUGGAAUCGGCGGCCGAGUCUGCUGUGGAACCUGGAGCCGGACGAAAUGAGGGACAAGGUCCGAGAGCUCUUCCUUCUCUGCGACAAGGAGGACAAAGGCUUCAUCACCAAAAGGGACAUGCAGAGACUUGAGGCCGAGCUGCCCCUGAACCCCGAGCAGCUGGAGGACGUCUUUGAGAAGCUGGACUGCCACAUGCAGGGAUACCUCACCCUGGCCGAGUUCACCCAUGGCCUGGGUCAGUAUCUGGGCCUGCAAAGCCUCGUGACUAAGGGAGAGCAGGUCCCUCAAUUUGCUGAAAAACAUCUUCCCAUCCUGACGUGGGGCGACAGUGAGAGCGACCUCUGCCAAGAAGAUGAGCUCCAUUUCUCUCGCCUCAUGGACAGCUUGGGCGCUCGCAACGUCUUUGGCGAGCAGGAUGAGGUGCGCGCCUUGUGGACCCGCUUACGCAGAGAUGAGCCGGAGCUUCUGAACAAUUUUGAAGGCUUCCUCUCCAGGGUGUCCCUGCAGAUCCUGCAGGCCAAGCAGGAGAAAGCCACUGUGGAACGUGUACUCCAAAAGAGGAAUGGCGACCAUGACCGCGAGGUGCAGCACCUGUACGAGGAGAUGGAGCAGCAGAUGAAGAGUGAGAAGGAGAAGCUCUCCAGCCAGGAUGCUCGGAGGCUUCUGUGCCGUAGCCAAGAACUCGAGGCCGAGUUGGACGCGAAGGAACAGGAGGUGAAGAAUAUCCGGACUCAGCAAGAACAGCUGGAACGGGCGCUGACCGAGCUGAACUCGGAGCAGUCGGAGACGCGGCAGCAGAACGAUCGCUUGCGGCAGAGCAACGAGGAGCUGGAGGAGCGGCUGGCGCAGGUGCGGCGGGAGCUGAGUGACGCCCUGACCCUCAUGGAGCAGCUACCGGCAAAGCCUUCGACGGUCGCAUCGCCACCUGUGGCUCCACGCGACACCCAGGAGGCGAGCUCGUCCGCUUCCGUGACAGUGCAGAGCGAGACGUCCAUUCUCCUCAAGCAGCUUGACAUGCUCCGAGACAUGAAUAGAUAUCUGAGAGAUGAAAAGGAUUCUUUUGAAAAUUGCAAGCAGGGCCGCUGCACGUGCCAAUCAGGGACCAAACCUGCCGCACCCAUGGGAAACCAUGCUCCUCUUGUGCGCGAGGGCUCCGUCAUUGGAGACUACCUGCAAGACAGCAAGUCUCCACGAAGAAGCAUUCUUUGCCGACAAACAGCGGCGCAGAAUGUUAACCAGUGCAGUGAAGAUUCAUCUACAGCUGCCAUUGAGUCUCAGGUCCAGGUAGAGGACGAUGAGGAGGAGGAAGAUGACGUGGAGUACACUGGAGGCCUGCCAGGGACACCGCGCGGAUGUCCAGCAGGCAAAGAACACCAGGAAUUGGGGUGUGGACAGAUGCCACCCGACCGGAUUUUCAAGGUUGUUCUUGUUGGUGAGUCUGGCGUCGGGAAGAGUUGCUUCAUCCAGCAGCUCUGCCAGAAGCGCUUUCUUCCCGGCAUCUGUGCCACUAUUGGAGUGGAUUACCACAUCAAGACCCUCACUGUGGGAGAUUUUCGUAUCGCUUUGCAGCUUUGGGACACAGCAGGGCAGGAGAGGUUCCGCAGUAUCACCAAGCAGUACUUCCGCAAAGCAGAUGGUGUGCUGGUGAUGUACGACAUCACCAACGAGUUUACCUUUAAAUCCGUACGGAACUGGAUCAUCAGCCUUCAGGAGAAGGUGGAGGAUGACGUGGUCGUGUUUUUGCUCGGCAACAAAACGGACGCGGUGGAGGAUGAGGGCCGUCUCGUAAGCACCGCGGAGGGCAAGAGGCUCGCUGAGGAGUACGGAGCAGUGUUUUACGAGUGCAGCGCGAGACUGGCACUGAACAUAGAGGAACCCAUCGCGCACAUGGCCAGGUUACUUACGGAACAGGAGGACAGGCACAAGGAGAAGGUGCUGCACCUGCCAGAAAAGUUUUCCGGAGUGAGGAGGCAAAGUGAGAGGAAAAACCAGUGCUGUGCUUAGCAAGCAACUCUGGCAGUUGCAUCCGGCGUGAAAAUGUGGCUGAACAAACCCCCAGUGUGUGCAGCUGCUGUUUAUUCAUGGGGUUAACAGUAAAUUAAACGCAAAUGUUCUAGCUACGGGUGUUUAAGUGCAAGGUACGUAUAAUGUCAUAUGAUAGCGCACAUAUGCAUGUGUCAAUAAUGGAACAAAUACCGCUCAAGUAUUGGUGGCGUGCGCCGGUGCAGUACGUGAUAGGGUUGUAACGAUGUAUGAACAAUAUUAUAAAUCUGCUGUAUGACUCCAUCCAUGAAAAUGUUAAUUGGAAGGCGUUCCAAUUAUAGGAGCUACUGGCAACUUUACAGAGGGUAACAGGUCUGCAGACAGCAGUUUUACUGUACAGUAUUUUUAUUUGUAUAUGCUUAAAUUAGUUAUUGCGAACCUCUGCAAUCACUCGAGGCAUUUACAUUAAUAGCACUCUUCAAAAACAAAUUGAUCCUUAAAUUAAAUUAUGAGAUUGCAAUGAAUUUAAUUUCUGGGUAAAGGGAGAGAAUCGUUACACCCUUUGAUAUUUGCCAUAGGAUCAAGAAAGAACAUAUUUCUGCUGCAAGCAAUGUUUGAGCAUAGGUUUAACUUAUUUUUUUGACUAAAAUUAAGCUUGUUAAGUAUCGCUUUACAGUCGGUUUCGCAUUCAUCUGAAGUCACAGCUAGUGCAGGACUGUACGUAGUUUGCUCACAGUAUUAAUUCACAUGCCUUGCUGGUUCAAGUCAAUGUUGUUUUGUCCAAUGCAAUGUAAUACAAAAAAAAUGUUUCUCCUCUAAAACAGCACGAUAAAUUCAAGAUGUAUUUUUAAAAAAUCGAGACUGAAAAUUACUGCAAAUUGCUAUUUUGUUGAUAUAUUGUUGUCUCAAUGUUACCGGUUUGCGUUGUAACCAGUGUUUGUGUAUAUUUGUUUAAAAUCUACUUGAACAAAUUUUGUACAUGUUCAGCCUGUUUUGUAAAAUCCACUUUAAGACGAGGGCCUCCCCAUUCCUUGCGGGCCAGCCGUGAGGGGUGUUUGACCACCAUAGUUCAUGCUGGUCAGUGUUGGUUGGCGACGGUGGGGAUAGU